AUGGCAAAACUUGAUCGCAGUGGUAUUACCACAGGUAUUCCUAGGGCUCUUGGAGCACCUAUAGUUAAUGGAUCUGGUCCAACUCAAGUCAUGAAUGUGGCAGCAGCUACAAUUCCUGUUUUGCCCCCACAAUUUGUUUCAGAGCCAAUUGGAAACCCUAACGAGUGUUUGCUGCUAAAAAAUAUGUUUGACCCUGCUGCUGAGAGUGACCCGGAAUUUGAUUUGGACAUCAAAGAGGAUGUGGGAGAAGAGUGCUCCGACUAUGCAAGGGUGAAGCAUAUUUAUGUUGACAAGGGCAAAAUUGUCAUUCUCUUAAUAGGGAAAGUGCUGGCAGCCUCACGAACUCAACAGGCAAUGCAUAAAAGAUGGUUUGCCCGCAGAUUGAUUUCAGCCAUUUUCUUGGGGCUAAUUAUUAGAUCCUCAGGGGCAGGACAUACAUUUAUUAAAGAUCACAAUCUGAAUGUACUGUUGAACAAGCUUAUAACUGGAGUGAGGGCUUUGAUAUUUUUCCAGAAGCGGAUCCAGUUGAGGAGAAUGGUCCCAUUCCCAUUUUCUUGGCAUGUGAUUCAUCUUAAAUCUUCUUUUGCAGGCUAG